AUGGCUGCACUAAAAAGAGAGCUGCUCACCCCAUCCUCCGGCGGCGGUGGUGGUGCUGGCGUGGGUUUCGAUGUUGCCAGAACAGGUGUCGCCAGUGUCGGCUUCAUCGGCUUCCCAUCUGUGGGCAAAAGUACUCUGAUGAGUAGAUUGACAGGCCAGCAUUCCGAGGCCGCCGCAUACGAAUUCACUACGCUUACGACCGUGCCCGGGCAAGUCAUCUACAAUGGCGCCAAAAUCCAGAUUCUCGAUCUCCCUGGUAUCAUUCAGGGUGCCAAAGACGGCAAGGGUCGUGGUCGACAAGUUAUUGCUGUUGCGAAGACGUGCCAUUUGAUCUUCAUCGUAUUGGACGUGAACAAGCCGCUCACCGAUAAACGCGUUAUUGAGCAAGAACUGGAAGGAUUCGGCAUCCGUAUCAACAAGAGCCCACCAAACAUCGUCUUGAAGAAGAAGGACAAGGGUGGCAUCAACAUCACUGCGACUGUCCCGCUUACGCACAUCGACCAUGACGAAAUCAAGGCUGUAUUGGCUGAGUAUCGCAUGGCCAAUGCCGAUGUUGCGAUCCGAUGCGAUGCGACCGUAGAUGACCUGAUCGAUAUCAUUGAAGCAAAGAGUCGAAGCUACAUCCCUGUCAUUUACGCGCUCAACAAGAUCGACGCCAUCUCCAUCGAGGAGCUGGAUCUGCUUUACCGUAUUCCAAAUGCUUGCCCCAUCAGCUCUGAGCACGGCUGGAACGUCGACGAGCUAUUGGAGCAGAUGUGGGACAAGCUUAAUCUGGUCCGCGUCUAUACGAAGCCGAAGGGCAGAUUGCCCGACUAUACUGCCCCGGUCGUGCUCCGCUCAACGGCCUGCACGGUUGAAGACUUUGUAUGUGGCUACAUGGCACUAUGGUUGGACAAGUUCGCUAACCGGCCAUGCAGUGUAACUCGAUUCACAAGACCAUCGUGGAACAGUUCAAGCUAG